CCACGUCGACGGUUGGUAUGAGGUACGACAUGGACAGCUAAUUUAGUCCAUACCAGUAGCCAGAGAGGAAGCAAAGGCAGCGAGAGAGUGGGCGGAGCUAGAAGAAACGAAGCGAGAAUGAACCGGAUAAUGCAAGCACCGUACGAUGCUACGGUCCGGUUCGCGCUAUCUUCGCUGGAGCGAAAUUUGCUACCGGAUGCGGUUGUACGGAGGCUGACCCGCCUGCUCUUAGCAAGUCGUCUUCGAUCCGGUUACAAGCCUACCUCUGAGCUCCAACUCUCUGACCUCCUCCAGUUCGUACAGUCUCUGAAGGAGAUGCCCAUAGCCAUAAACACUGAUGACCCGAAAGCUCAACAUUAUGAAGUGCCCACAUCUUUUUUCAAAAUAGUGCUUGGAAAAAAUCUCAAAUACAGCAGUUGUUACUUCACUGAUGGGUCAAGCACCCUGGAGGAAGCUGAGAAGGCAAUGCUGGAGCUUUACUGCGAAAGGUCACAGAUAAAAGAUGGUCACACUGUUCUUGAUGUUGGGUGUGGCUGGGGAUCUUUGCCUUUGUACAUUGCUCAGAAAUAUAGCAACUGUAAGGUUACAGGGAUUUGCAAUUCAACAACACAACAGGCCUUCAUAGAAGAGCAAUGCCGGAAUCUUCAGCUGCAGAAUGUAGAGAUCAUAGUCGCAGAUAUCAGCACAUUUGAGAUGGAAGCAUCCUAUGACCGAAUAUUUUCGAUUGAAAUGUUCGAGCAUAUGAAGAACUACAAGUAUCUUCUGAAGAAGAUUUCCAGGUGGAUGAAACAGGAUUGCCUUCUGUUUGUUCAUCAUUUCUGCCACAAAGCAUUUGCUUACCAUUUUGAGGACAAAAGUGAAGAUGACUGGAUUACUAGGUAUUUCUUCAGUGGGGGCACAAUGCCUUCAGCAAAUCUACUACUUUAUUUUCAGGAUGAUGUUUCCAUUGUCAAUCAUUGGCUUGUUAAUGGGAAACACUAUGCACAGACAAGUGAAGAGUGGCUUAAGAGAAUGGACCAGAAUAUGGCUUCCAUAAAACCAAUUAUGGAGUCAACUUAUGGAAAGGAUUCGGCUGUGAAGUGGACCGUAUAUUGGAGAACAUUCUUCAUUUCCGUUGCAGAACUCUUUGGGUAUAACAAUGGAGAAGAGUGGAUGGUUGCUCAUUUCCUAUUCGAGAAGAAAUGAAGUAAUGAAAGCCUGUUUCGCUACGAGGCAACGCCGAUGGAAAUCAAAUGUAUUUUUGUAGUUCAAUCAAAUAAUGUUCCUUCUUGAGAUUGUAAAAGCAGCAAUGUCAAUGGAAAUGAAUUGUAUCUUUGUUGUUCAAUAAUGUUCCUCUUGAGAUUGUAAA